AUGGACAACGCCGACCAAUUCAUCGAAAAGGCCGAACGGGAUGCCGCCCGCGUCAAGUCGCCCGCGGAGCAGCACGAGGCCCUGGAGCGCACUCACACUUCCUCGACCACCUCCAGCAGUUCAUCCGACGCCUCGGCCGACUCGGUGGAGCGCCGCGAGAUUGGCAUGUCGAGAGUGCCUACCGCCAGGGACAACAUGGCCGACCUGGAGCGCAACGCAACCGUCAUGAGCAGGAUCCACACCGCACGGAGCCAGCACAGCGGAACCGUCGGUGCUAGCCUUAAGAGUAGGAAGUCGAACAAGCCGUUGCCCAACUUCGGCGCCGGCAAGCCGUUCCCGCCGCCGCUGCCGGAUCGGGAGGAGUAUGUCGUCGAGUUCGACGGCCCGGAUGACCCAAUGCACGCCCAGAACUGGCCAUUGAAGAAGAAGCUCGCGACGGCCGUGAUGCUGGGAUACUACACCAUGGUCGCUGCUUUUGGCAGUUCCAUUUUCUCCUCCGCCACCCGCGUCGUGGCCGGCAAAUUCGGCGUCAGCACCGAAGUCGGCAUCCUCGGUGUCUCCCUGUACGUCCUGGGCUUCGCGACCGGCCCCAUCCUCUGGGCCCCAGGCUCUGAGCUGUACGGCCGACGGAAACCCCUGAUCAUCUCGUCCUUUGGCUUCUCCAUCUUCUUCAUUGCCUGCGCCACGGCCAAGGACCUGCAGACGGUGCUCCUGUGCCGCUUCUGGAGCGGCUUCUUCGGCGCCUGCCCUCUCACCACCGUCGCCGCCGUCUUCUCGGACAUGUUCGACAACAGGACCCGCGGCAUCGCCAUCACCGUCUUCUCCAUGACCGUCUUCACGGGCCCGCUGCUCGCCCCCUUCAUCGGCGGUUUCAUCACCAUGUCCUACCUCGGCUGGCGCUGGACCCAGUACAUCGUCUCGUUCAUGGGCUUCUUCGCCUUCGCCCUGAACAUCCUCUUCCUGCAGGAGACGUACCCGCCCGUCAUCCUCGUGAACAAGGCCGCCGAGCUGCGCCGCCGGACCAAGAACUGGGGCAUCCACGCCAGGCAGGAGGAAAUCGAAAUCGACUUCCGCGAGCUGGUCGAGAAGAACUUCUCCCGCCCUCUCCGCAUGCUCGUCACCGAGCCCAUCGUGCUGCUCCUCUCCAUCUACAUGGCCUUCGUCUACGGCAUCCUCUACCUCUUCCUCACCGCCUACCCCAUCGUCUUCCAGCAGAUCCACGGCAUGAACCUCGGCGUCGGCGGGCUCCCCUACUUCGGCAUGAUCGUCGGCCAGCUGCUCGCGGGCACCUUCAUCGUGCUCCGCCAGCCGGGCUACCAGCGCAAGCUCGCCGCCAACAACGACGUGCCCAUCCCGGAGUGGCGCCUGCCCGAGGUCAUCGUCGGCGGCGUCGCCUUCUCCGUCGGCCUGUUCUGGUUCGCGUGGACGGGCUACACGAAGGACAUCCACUGGAUCGUGCCCACCCUGUCCGGCCUGUGCAGCGGGUUCGGCCUGAUGGCGAUUUUUUUGCAGAGCCUGAAUUACCUCGUCGAUGCGUAUCUGAUGUUCGCCGCCUCGGCCAUCGCCGCCAACACGUUCCUCCGCUCGCUGUGCGGCGCCGGCUUCCCCCUCUUCGCGACGUACAUGUUCCAGGGCAUGGGCGUGCAGUGGGCCGGCACGCUGCUCGGCUGCGUCGCCGCCGUGCUCGUGCCCGUCCCCAUCCUCUUCUACCUCAAGGGCGCCAAGAUCCGCGAGAGGAGCGCGUACGCGCCGACGAAGCCGGCGUCGUUUGGGGAGGAGUGA